UCAUGGAAAGCAGAUCGGUGAGAAACAGAGGUAGGAAUAAUAUAGUAAAAAUAGGGAUAUAGGAAAAUAGGGAUACUUUAAAGGGGCGAGGCAGUUUAAAAAAAACCCAGUUAUAUUAGAAAAACAAACAGGUGCUUUGAACUCCUUGAACUCCGGUAGAUAUAGUAGUGCUUAAUUGGUAGAUGUUUUGCAGCGACUACUGAACUGAAAGGAGUUGGAAGAGAACGCACUACGUUAUUUAUUCAAAUCAAUACAAGAGUUCUGAACAUUCAGCUCAGUCUGUGCUAAGACAAGAUUCGCAUUACACAGCAGUGUAGUAGAAAGCGAGACUUUACUUUUUUAACCAAAACACAGAAGUUCAUAAAAAUUGUACAGAAUGCUAAGGUUGUUCUCAGUGAUUCUGGUGUGUGUUGGUAGCAUGUGCCUAUGUGCCAUGGCUGAGGGCGGGAACAAAGGCAAAGCGGGUGAAUAUGGGGUGAAGCUGUGUGGCAGGGAGUUUAUUAGAGCUGUGAUCUUCACCUGUGGAGGGUCCCGAUGGAAAAGGCUGUCUUUGGACGUGGAUCGCUCUCAGAACGUGAACAACCCUAUUAUGGGCGGUUCUUUCAAUGAUUACUCCAAAGACAAUGACGACUUUGGUAAACUGCGGUCCAUCUUGCAAGGAGAACCGCUAAAGAAAGCUGACUUGCCCUACGGACAGGGAUCCAUGAAGGAGCUAUUUAACCUUUACGACGACUACAGCGAUUAUGAGCCCAUGUCCAACGACUUCAACGAGUACGUCCGGCAGGUCGCUGAAGCCACGCGGAAGCAGCAGGUGGCCCCAAGUGACAGCGGCAGUGCCCGUGUUGCGUCCCCUGGCACCCCCUGGAUCAAGUCACCACGGAAGAAACGUGACUUGUCCAUGGGUGUGGCGGGGAUGUGCUGCAAGUGGGGCUGCACCAAAGCCGAGAUCAGCACUCUCUGCUGAAAACCAAAUAAUCCACUUCAAUCAUUCAGUUGUAUAGCUAUAUUUAUUCUAUGUCCAUGGAUUGAAUGUCAUUGACAUGAAAAAAACCUGUUCCACAUUGUGAGAACCUACUUUACUCACAAGUGUAUUCUCACUUGAAUCUUAACUUAUUUUCAUGAAGGCCUCUGGCCUGAGGUUGUAGAUGUUACUAUGUUUCUUAGAAUACAAUAAAGUUGUACAGGUUUUGUUUUUUUGCUGCUGUAAUGUUUUGUUCUGUUUCUUUAUUCAAGAUUUUUUAAUCAAAUUACUAGCCGCUAAUGUAUUGCUCUGGGGAGCUGAUAUAGUACGAUAUUUAAGAAGUAUAAAAGAAAAACAUUAAAAUAAAAUAUAACACACAUCAAUUACCCUGACAUGGGGCAUAUAAAUAAAUGCAUACAAUUCCAGUUCAUAGAAAACAAUGGGAAGGCUAUGGAAUUAAAUUCAGGUUUAGUCAAAAUAGUCACAUAUUUUGUUUAUAAACCAGUGAAAACAGUAGCAGUCAUGAUAGAUGUUUAAAUGUCCAACCAAUACUCUUAAUUUAAUGUCCACACCUGUUCUGCAUUCCUAGAAAAUAAAUAACAUUUAAGGGUACCACGUCAUUCCUCUUAUUUCAGAACCUUGUCAAAACAAAAUUACUGAAAAUUAGAUAAAUGAACAUGCCUAAUAAAUAUUGAAACGCAUAUACUGUAUUUUCAAAAGUCAUUUUGAUACACGUUCUUGCUCUCAGCCAGUGACUUCUGAGGCAGUUUGAGGACAUGAAGAUUUUCAGGUAUGGUGAGGAAAUUAUUGAAGCAUCACAAUGGAUCCUCACACCCCACACAAAUAUGCAGAAUUAAGAAAAGGCUUUAAACAUUUGAACAGUUUGAGGGAUUUGCAACUUAUAUGCAGUUAACCAUUCGAUUUCUCUGCAUCGUUAUUGUAAGGAUA